GCAUCGACUUCGACCAAUGCGGGCGCGUUUCACACAGUUCCACACGCGAACUCAAUAUCAUAGCACACAGUUUGCGCUAACCAGUUGCGCGUUUCUCCGGCCGGUCUUCAAGACGUAUUAUAAAUAUUAAUUCGUACAUUUAACCGGCGAAAUAAAGAGUUUCACAAUCAUUUCUGAAAGAAUAAAACUUCUGUUUCGUGUGAACACGUGUUUUUGAGGUUAUAGACUAACUAACGUUCAACAUUCCAUUAUGUUGGUGCUACCGUGAAAUGGGUCAUGGUGUAACAUAGUGUUGCAUUACUGACACGAGCACAGCGGGCUUUGACGGGCCAGAGAAUCAGAUAAAUCUACAAAAAGAGUCUACCGUCAGCCAAACAUGGAAGAAGGGAAGAAAGAAAUCAAUCUAGACUCAGUAUUGGAGAGUCUCGGGCCGUACGGCCGGUACAACCUAUUGAAUUUCGUACUGUUGUUGUAUCCGAUAUUGCUUAGUAGUUUCUUUGAAUGCGGAUUCAUUUUUGAAGCACAAGAACAAACAUAUAGAUGUGAAGUCUAUGGCUGUGAGCAGAGGUUCAAUGACACGUCUUGGAUACAAUACGCUAUACCGUCUGACCAAAAUAAUAAACCAGAGAGCUGCAGAAGAUUUGCUCCGGUCAAUAACACGAGUUUACAAUGUCUACCAGAAGAUUUCUCAACAAACAAAACACUGCCGUGUGAAACCUUUGUGUACGAAGAGGGGCGAUCGUUUGUAAAAGAGUUCAAUUUAGGUUGUCAAGAAUGGAAGAGAGUAUUGGUCGGUACAAUACACAAUUCUGGAAUGUUCCUAGCCAUGUUGUUCACUGGCGCCAUCUCUGAUAGAUUCGGUCGAAAAGUGGCAGUGGGUUUCGCAUCAUUCGCCAGUCUUAUAUUUGGUUUCUCUAGAGCGUUUUCACCGAAUUAUUUAACUUAUGUGGCGUUACAUUUCUUAGAGGCCGGAUUGGGUGGUGGACUAUAUCCUUCAGCUUAUGUUUUUAUUAUUGAAUUGGUUGGUUUGAAACAACGCGUCAUUGUAUCCGCCAUGUGCAAUAUGACAUUUGUUAUUGGUGUCGUAUUGAUCGGCCUACUGGCGUGGCUCGUUGACAACUGGCGGACGUACAUCCUUAUUCUAUACUGUCCAGCUAUCAUUGUGGUUAUAUAUAUAUGGUUCACGAACGAGAGCGCCAGAUGGUUGUUAAGCAAAGGCAGAAGAGACGAAGCAGUCAGAGUACUGAAGAGAGCUGCCAAAAUCAACAACCUCGAUCAGCACAAACUCGAAUUGGACUCAUUGGGGGAUCCUCUGCUUAAACCCAAGAAUCAGGUGCACGAUAAAAAGUCUCAGUUCUCGAAAGCGAUUCGCUCCAGUAUAAUAUGGAAACGACUGAUGAUAUGUUCAUUCCUAUGGUUGACGUGCUCUCUCGUGUAUUAUGGAUUGUCUAUUAAUUCUGUGUCACUAAGUAGCCACAGAUAUGUAAGCUUCAUGCUCGUAGUGCUGGUCGAGAUACCGGCUUAUAUUGUGGUCGUGAUCGUGCUGGAUAAGUACGGAAGGAAGAAAACUUUGAUGGCUACUUAUUUGACGUGCGCACUCAUGAGUAUCCUGUUUGCAUUUUUACCAAGAUCUGACUGGUGGUCCAUACCUUUGUACCUGAUCGGCAAGUGGAGUGUCACGCUGGCGUACAGCUCAGUUUACAUCUACGUAUCAGAGGUCUUCCCCACCAAUAUGCGGCAGACUCUGAUCAGUUUCUGUUCCACUGCUGGAAGGAUAGGCUCAUUGAUAGCCCCAGUGACACCCCUAUUGUCUCUCUAUCAUAAAUCGAUGCCGACAGUGAUAUUCGGCGCGAUGUGCCUCAUAUCCAGUGGACUGGUGCUCCUACUGCCGGAGACCAGGAACGUCAGACUCCCUGACACAAUCGAAGAAGCCGAGGAGUUGUCUCGAGUGAAAAGAAAAUCGCCCGUUGAAAAUGAGUUGUGAGAAAUUUAGAACUUAGGCCCUUUUUCAUUGUUCCUUUAUUUUAAUUUUUUUUUUUUUUUUAUUGCAAUCUAUACCCACUACUUAGUUUACAUGCAUGUUUAAUAAGUCUUGAGUCUCGUUGUAUGUAAUUUCCUUUAUUUGCAUACCUACUUGAUCAUGAAUUAAAUCCGUUACCUCAAGGUUGUCUUGAAAAAAUUAAUUUUAGCAAUAAGGUCGCCUUAUUGUACAUAUAGAACUGUUUCUAAAGUGUCUAUCUAUUGUGUUCUUUUCUUAUAUUUAUUAAUUAAUUUUGCUUCAAAUCAAUUCUGUCAAUUUAGUAUUGCAUUAUGCAACGUACAUAAGUAUAUGAAAGUUUAAAUAUACAUAUUUUUGUAUUAAAACUGUGAGUUAAAAUGUUAUUUAUUUAGGUGCUUACCUACAUAUUAUAAAUUGUAAAAUUUUUCUGGUUUUUACAAUAAUGAGAGAAAGAGAGAGCAGAGUUAAAGGCAGUUAGUGGUUACAGUGCUGUUUUAUAAAUAGCCUCCUUCGAGCAACAAUAAUAUUGUUGAUUGAAUGAGGCAAGGAGGAGGAGGAAUCAAAUGUACUUUUUUACAUAUUUUAUAAUUUGAAUAACACGAUUAUAUAUAUUUAUAUAUGUAUAACUAAAUUACGCUGUCCGCUUCAAAGCUCAUUGUUUCAAAAGUAAUACAAAUGUAAACCAGGUAUCUGUACAAUAUAUGUGUAUAUAAGUAAAUAUAUUAAUAUUAAUUUACAAUGCAGUCACAUUGAAUUAAUCAUACGGAAAUCGUGUUUAGAAUUCAGAUUAAUAAAAAUAUAACCUUAUAUUGUUUCAAUUAAGUCUUAAUUUUAAUUGAUAAAGCUCGGAUAUAAAGUUGAUAAUGCAAAGUUCAUUGGCCCCAUUGUCUUUGAUCUGAAUAGCAAUAGGUGUAUAUUACUAAAACAUUGUUACGAUCAAUUCGACCUUAAAUGUUGUUGCUUAAGUCGUAUAUUGCAAUAAAUUAAUUUUCUCUAAUGUUGCUGACCUUGACUAUGAUAAUGAACUUGACUUAAUAUACAUAUACUUUAUAUACAUGUUUGUAUAACAAAAUUGUAAAGUAAAUAAAAACAUCAAGACUUCUUUUUAGAAAUAUGUUUUUUUAUAGAAGUAGAUAAAAAAAGGAACACAUUAUGAAUAUGAUUAAUGUGACAAAGUAUUUUUGGAUUUUUGGAACCUACACGAUUCACCAUAAAAGUCGUACAAAAACAUUCAUAAAAGAGAACAAUUUAAGUUACAGCAUUAUGUGCAAGAACUUCGUUCAUUUUAUUAUCUCUUUUUGCCAGCAACUCAAUAGGUCUUCAUAAGCCAUUGUAACUUUUGUAACAAAGUUGUAUUAUGGAUGUUACAAUAGAAUUGAAGAGGGGCCGUUCUACAGACAUGUAGUAAAUUGUAACUUUAUGUCGCAUCAACAACGUACUUAACUCGAAUGCCUGUCAUUAUUCUUAUAUCUAUUUAAUGAAUAUCAUUAAUAUUUAAUAUCUCCAAACGUAUUAUGUAUAAUAUACUUAGUUAUAUUACAAAAAAAAUCAAUCACCGGAAUUACACUCUGAUAAAACAUCGACUAAAAUGGCAGAUCCCUUGAAUAGACAUAAGAAAGUCUUAGAGGUAAUAAGUAAGAAAAAUUUUGUGUGAUUUUCUUGUAAACAGGGUAUGAAGCGAUGGUUUUGUUAUAUUAGAAGCGUGAGAAUAUAUGUAAAAAAAAAAAAUUAUAUUAAUAAAAUAUGUUUGAACUUUCAAAUCGCAUAAAGACGUGAUAUUAUUUAUUUAAAAAUAAUAAAUUUGCCUCCGUAGUCAAACCUAUUACUUGAUACUUAUACAUUUUUAUGAGUAAUCAAACAAAAAACGUCUGAGGGCAUAGCCCUAAAACAUACUUAAGGCGAUCAGCUUAUACCGACAGCGCAGACGGGGUUAUCAUUCCAUUAUCAUCGAUUUAAAAAACCUACCUGCCACUAAGUCAUGAUGAUUAUCAAUGAAUAUUAGUAUCUAAAUUAGAUACGUUUUAUACUAUUUCCGAUUUUGUUACAUUGUGUUUACUCUUCAUGUAAAAGUUGGUGUAAAAUGUAAAAACGUUUAUAAUAUAAAUAUAUAUAUAAUAUUAUGUAAACAUCUGGAAGUUCAAAAACUUAUAAACUCCGUCUUAUUUAUAAAAACUAAAAUAUUCUGCAAACCGAUUAGAGUGUUUUGUUACUGUUUUUCACAUUGGGAAUAUAACGCGUAAGAAAAAGACAAAACACAUCUACAGCUAUAUUAUUCGGUUUAUUAGACGUUUGAUGUUUUUAUAAAUAUGCAGAUAAAACUGGUGACUGACUUGCAUCUUUGGUCUUAAUGUAACAUGUUACGAUGCGAAUAUUCGAUUCGCCAUAGUAUUCGAUACUACCUGAUAAAUUUACAGUAGACUGAAUAAAAUAUCAACCUUGGCAAUAAUUUCCAUAAUGAAAACUACAACAGUAUCACAGAGACUCAGUUGUUGAAACUAUUUUUGAAAGAUGUCGAUUGUAAAAUCACUAAAUUGUAAUAUUAUCGAAUCUUAUAUAUAUUUUAAAUUUAAAAAUCGACUAGUUUCGAGAACAUAGGCGACCCUCAAUCAUAAGUGGUUAAAAUGCGAACUCAAACCUGACUAAAACUGAAUCUGAUUUCAUGUAUUAAAUCUCAGCAAAAAACAUAAAUUAAUUUUACAAUUGGCAAAUUUGUUGAUAAGUAAUACAUCAAUACAAACUUUAAAUAGAAAUCUAUAAAUUUGGUAAAACAAAUUCUCAAUUUUGACUAUAUUUGCUUAAUGAUAUAUAGUUAAGUAGUUAAUUUUUGAGAUUCGAACCAUUGAUAAUUCACAUCUUUAUCUAUACUCGUAUUCUCAUUAUGAAAGUUACAUUUUAUAAUAAAAUUUAGGUCAGUCACUAGCUUUAUACAUUUUGUAAUUUUUCAUUACUUAAUUUUAAUUAUACUAAAAUUAAGUAGUGAUUUCUUUGAAAAAGGCAAGAGUUAGUGAUAACGUUGAAUUAAGCUAUUUUUCAGAUUUAGUUUUAAUAGUAUUAAUUUUAUACUUAAUAUAUAAAUAUAAGCAGUAUUUUAUGUAUUGUAAGUCUAUAACACAUUUAAUAGUACUUAGAUGGGACCAAUUUAAUAUUAAUUAAUUAUGGUAAAAUCAGUAUCAACUGCAUACGCAUUUAAUUAAAUUCAGAUUAUUAAUAUUAUCGCCCAUUUUCAUUCACAUAAUAAAAAUAUAUUUUGCAGUAUACGCUUCAAAUCUACUCGGAUAUUGACCUAUUAAUUAAAUGUACCUAAAUUAUUGAUAUUCAUGUAAAAACUUUAAUCAAAACUUAAAUGGGCAAGCAUAUAAGCUUGUCUUAAACGUAUUUAUUUUAGACAAACGUUUUUAUUUAAUAUACUUAAGUAAUGCAAUACACCUUUAUUAAUUGUGACAAUAUUAAAAAUUAAUUAUUACUUAAUUAAAUUACAGUUUCAUAAAAAUAAUUUAAACCUUUAUAAAUUAUACAGGUACUAAUCGGUAGUAAUUACAAUGACCUAUAAAUCUUGACAUUUGAAACGAUAAAAUGCAGCAGCGUUGCCAGAUUAGGUAUUUUUAAUUAAAAAAUUAAAAGGGUGUGGAGGAAUUUGGGUAAUUAAAUUUUUUUUACAUUCGUUUUUUUGUCAUUCACAUAAACGUAUAACUGUAAAAAAAUGGGGACAAAGUGAAGGAAAUCGUAUCAAGUAUGGGAUUUUUUUUUCAUAUUUUGGUAGUAAUAAAAUUUCGCAUUUGGCAACACUUCCGUUAUGGAACAUCACAAGAAAUAAUUAAUAAUUACUACUAUAAUAUCAAUGAAGGUAAUGGGUCAAUACCGAAAUAUAAAAGCUAGUUCACAUAAUUAAUUAUGCAAGCACAAGUCAAAUGUGAAAAUAGAUAGGAACUACUUAAAUGGGUGCUAAAAUCUAUCGAUCAUUUAUUAUCUGAAGGCAAUAACUUAAAACCAAUCGAAAUCCAUCUUCCCUUAACUUCUAUUAUUUAUUACACUUUGCUUACUUAAAAUGUGUUAUCAGUACAAACGAACACAAAUUUCACAAUUUUGAAAAUAAACUUUUAAAAAUAUAA